AACAGUCUCAAACAUGCACAAUACAAGGGCAAUCAAGAAGUCGAAAAGUGAACAUUUUUAUUUGAUGAGCGUUCUUCUUAAUAUUUGAACGCAAAAAAAGGGAGUAUGAGUAGACGAGACAGCGGAGCCUCUUCGAUCGCGAGUCGGAGAAGCAGACGCUCCAACCCUGGAGGAGGCGAGGGAGAAACACAGAGGAACAAAGAUGCCCAAUUCUAUGAAGAAUGUCGAGCAGCUUACGUAGCUGUGCUUGGCGACACCCAUGAGGCUAUGACAUCAAAAGCACAGCUUUCAUUGAGUUUACAACAAUCUGGAAGGAAUCCUUCACAAAAGGCCUUAGAUAAAUACUGGACAACAAAAACAAAGAAGCUAACGUAUGAUGAGUUCUGCGACGUGAUGCGUCAAGAGAAGCCACCGUCAACGAGCGAGCUUCUCAAGGCAUUCAAGAAAAUGGACAUCAACAAUGACGGCUACAUCACGCAUAAUGAACUAUCUCGAGUCCUCACACAAAGGGGGGAGAAGAUGAGUCGGAAGGAGGUGGAUGCAAUGAUAGCGGAAGCUGAUGACGAUGGAGAUAAACGUCUCAACUACAAUGAGUUCUGUAGAAUGUUGAUGAAUACGGCUAGCAAAUGUCGACAGACGGCCAUGGAGAAUAUCGACAAGAAAAUGAAAAGUGAAAGGAAAGCGAAGGAGAAAGCCUCGCCUGCGCCUAGAAUAGGCAGGGAAACGAGCCCCUUACCGCAUCCACGCAAAAGGGCCUCCAUCAACAAGACUCUCCCGCCCGUGUCAAAGGUCGCGCCCAAGGUGACGGAGCCUCGGAACCUCAAGUCUUGGCACCAUUCCCACAGGAAGGGUUGCUGUCUCUUUGAGGAGCACGGCAAAGUUGUCUCUCAUCAGUACGUACUGGAUGUAUCCACGUCUAGCGCCCUCUGGUUAUCGGUCAAACCGCUUAACCUUCACCCAGAAAUAGCCUCCAGUAAACCCCAUCCUGAUAUCAGAGUGUUUCUCCUACGACAAAACGAUAAUGGAACCCUAGGAGAACUGGUCGCCCAUACUAACAUGAAAAUCCAACAGAAACACUGUCUUCAUCAAGAGUUGAAGGCGGGUACCUAUCGGCUUUUACCGAUGACCACGGGCUGUCGCUUAAAGCCCAGACAGAGACAAUCCAAGACCAAGACCCAGCUUAUCAAGAAAUCUGCUGAUGACUGUGUGCUAACCAAACCAUUCAGGAAUGCCUUGACGGACAUCUUUGAGUUGGUUGAUUUGGAUGGGAAUGGUACCCUGAGUAGGGAAGAAUUUAACAUCUUUCAGCUGCGGACCAGUGGAGAGGCGGUGGAUGACGAUGCUUGGGAAGUAGUCGAAGAGAAUUUUGAGCUGAAGAAGGGUGAAUUGACCCGGAAGGGAUUCAUGGAUCUGAAUCAGAUGGAGGCCAAUGACCUCGAUGGUGACACUGAUGACCUUUGGGUCACUCUACAAUCAAUGGGCUUCUCAGACGACUUGGCGUUAGACGAGUCACUCCCGUUUAUCGUCGACGCCUACACAGACAAGUGCAAGAGUCAUAUCAGGGCCCUGCCACUCCAGGGCGGGGGUGCGGCCCUCGAGCGGGCCGUCUGUGAAGCGGUCAGAACAAGUGGCGAGGAGAGAAUCAAAAUCAAGGAGGCGGUGGAUGCUGUGAUGCACACAUCGGUCAGCGACUCUAUCUUCACAAUCACAGUUGAGAAUAAGGCGUCCACAAAGUUUUCACUCAAGCUGGACUGUGGGAAGAGCAGUAAUUGCAUCAGUAGCAGACCUGACCUGAACCACACCAUAGUGGUGCCCCCAAAGACAGUUGUGAUUGGUCAUCAUAUAAUGCCGGAGAAAGACUCGGAAGAGUGGACUAUUAAGUGCACAGACACUGUUAUUACAUAGUGAGGUUUCGUCUACUCUGUAGGGGAUGGGUGUUGUUGAUGGGUUGGCAGGGAUGGUUUUUAACAUGGGAGAGAUGUAAGUUAUUUGAAGAACAAUCACUUCUUUGAAGUCGGUACAAGCCGUUUUGUUAUUUUGUUUUUGUUUUUUUCUCAAGAAGAAUCAAAUACUUAUCCAAUGUAAUUGCUGAGCGAGGAUUAUUGGGAGCUGGAUACGGUCAAUGUGUAUUUCAUGGCAAGUUGGCUGGUAACCUGAAUCUGC